AUGGCAAGAUCAGGUCAUUCCACUCGCUUGUCUCCUGGAAGACAUAGAGCACAUCAACCCCAGACACAGAAGCUCAUGGAAACCGAAAUUUCUGAGCUGAAGAACUACCUUCCUGAGUGGACUUCUGUGAAAAGGAGCGAGAAGCGGGCAGUUUUCACUGCAAUUUCCAGGGCUGCCAGGUUGUUUGCGCCAAAGGUGGACCAAGGACAAUGGAAAAAGAGGAAGCAGAUGUACAAGACUUGGUUGUUCAACAACAAGAAAAAGAAGGAAAGGAAGGACAUGAUAAAGUAUGGGAGGAAAUGGACGCCUAGGAUGGUGAUCUACCAGGAGAAUUGGGAAGAGGUGCUGAAGAGGAUCGAGGAUGAGUCCGGGGCAAAGCCAGGAGAUCCUGGUAUGUUCAAGCAUUAUCAGGCGGCUGUGAAGAGAGUCAUGGCUGAAUUGUCUGAUGACGAGUUGGAGAAGGCGAAAGAAACCGCCGAAGAAUGGUCGCCCGUAAGAAGGGACCUGCAUAUAUGGAGCACUUUCGAAGGAGAUGUGGAGGCAAUGCGGGAUGAGAGUAUCUUUCAACCCAAUAUAUUUCACGCAGGCAAUGAUAAUAGCGAGGCAUUAGGAGAUGGGGACAGCUUCAUGAAGACAAAGGACUGGGAGGACAUCGAGCCGGUGUGGCAGGAGUAUGCGCAGGAACAGUUUGGUGCCGGAGCACGGGAAGGUGGCCGACAGAUGAAGGGAGGUUGCAAGAGAAUCCGAAAACCAGCCUUCGAGCUCGACACUGACGAGGAUGGGAUGCCAUUGCUUCCGGACAUCACCGAAACAAAACUCGAGGAGAAGAAGGCCAUUGUCAGGGCUUUUCUCACAUCACACUAUCGGAUUUGUUUGGGGAUCGACAAGGCAGUAGUGCCAUGGAGCGCCAUCCUUCAAUGUCAGGAUGACUUUGAGCCUUCCAAGUUGCAAAAUUGGGACACAACUGCCCUCCUCAAUUUCUGGUAUGCUCGGCAGGAGAAAGGCAAAGGAUCAACAUUCACGUUCAAAGCGUGGAAGAACAAAGAUGGCGACAUGGUAGCAUCGGUCAUAUCAGGCGGGUCGCCUUCCCAUCGGACGCGUAAAGUCAAAAACAUGCAAAGGGUAAUCAUCCGAAGCCCUAGGGAUUCAUCCUCCGAACCCGACAGUGAUUUUGGGAAUGACACUCAUCAUCCGGAUGAUGAUGAUGAUGAUGAUGAUGAUGAUAAUGAUGAUGAUGAUAAUGAUGACAAUGACUCGGCUGAUGGUAGAUCACCGAAAAGAAGAACCAGAACCGGAGAAGGUCCUUCAUCAUCACAUGCAGAGACAGCAAUCCCACCGUCAAUUCCAAAGCCUCGCCCAGUCAAGCCGGCGAAAUGUGGUGCACUGCUGACAUCGCAAAUGGGAGACCUCCUGGCAGGGUUAACCAAUGGCAACAUUGGUGAGGUUGACGAUGAUGUUGCAAUGGAAGGGAGGAAAACAUCGCCGGCUCCAAAAAGGAUGUGGGGAAAGAGAGCAGUGAUUGAGCCAUUGGCGAGGACCACCCGGAGAAGUAGGUUAUUGGUGUGCUGGACUCAAAACAUGGACCCAGUAAUCAAUACUCAGGCCUCGGUAGUCCUCGGAUAG